AUGCAUCCCAUCAGCGUCGUGGCCGCAGCCGUUGGGCUGUUGAGCGCGCCGGUUCUCGCCUCUCCCGUUGCAGCUCGAGAUGUCCUUACGGAUCUCCAGGCACAAGCUAUGGAGGCCCUCAGGGCUGAGCCGAGUGCGGUCAACAAGCGUAGCAGCUGUAACAUCUUCAAUGCGCGUUACCGUCGGGACUGGGAGGCUUUCUCGGCCAAGGAAAAGAAAGAGUACCUCAGCGCUGUUCAAUGCAUGUUGACGUCGCCUUCGAAAUCCGACCCGGAGUUUGCGCCCGGCGCAAGAAACCGCUACGAUGACUUUGUCGCCGUCCACAUCAACCAGACCACUACGAUCCACGGCACUGGGAAUUUUCUGACAUGGCACCGGUAUUUCGUUUGGGCCUACGAGGAGGCUCUUCGGAACGAGUGCGGAUACAAGGGAUCACAACCAUACUGGAACUGGCUCAAGUACCAGGACGACCUUACCAAGUCCCCGGUCUUCGAUGGUAGUGAUACAAGCAUGAGCGGUGACGGUGUCUUCCUCCAACAUAAUGGCAGCGUUAGCGGUGCCGGUGCCAUUCCUCUGCCAUCUGGCAACGGCGGUGGAUGCGUUGAGAGCGGACCUUUCGUCAAUAUGACGGUCAAUCUCGGUCCCGUGAACCCCGGCAUGGACGGCCUGGAAGCAAACCCCAACGGCAGACUCGGCCACAACCCUCGGUGCUUGAGCCGCGACCUCAACUCAUACGUCAUGUCGACCUGGAUGACCAACGAGAACAUGCUCAACAUCACCGUUGGAGCAGCCUCAAGGAGUAUUGAGCUUUUCCAAAACGAGCUUCAAGGACGCUUCUCAGAUGGCUUCCUCGGCAUGCACGCUGCUGGGCACUUCUCCGUCAACGGCGAAGCAAGUGAUCUCUACUCUUCCCCCGUCGACCCUACUUUCUUUCUUCACCAUGCUAUGGUCGAUCGCGUCUACUGGCUUUGGCAAGCACUGCAUCUGUGGAGCGCCUUCGACAUUGCUGGCACCAUCACCAUCAACAACAGGCCAGCGAGUCGCGAUGCGACUGUCGAAGACGUCAUCAACUUGGGCGUUAACGCAGAGAAGCGAACCAUCAGUGAACUGUUGAACACUAUUGGCGGACCUCUGUGCUACGUCUACGCCUAA